UUGUAUCACAGUGUAGAGCUGGUUACAAGUAUGACGGAGAAAUGUCCGACUCAGUCCAAUAUAACCCUGUUUGACUGGUUUCUAUACUUCUUUUCAUCUUUCCAUGUUACCAAAGAUAAUGGAUCAUUUAUUCAACAACUUUUCUGCUGUGGUUCAAACUGAAGGAAACAAACUACAUGUGGAGCUGCAGCCUAACUUAGCUGUAAUGUUUGGUUGUUCUUCUUCUCUCUAAUGAUACAGUGUUUGACGAUGACGUCUCUGAAGACAAAGAAUAUCUGCUUCCUCGCUGCCUUCCUCUUCCUCGCCAUCGUUCCCACACUGGCUGAAGUGGUGGGUAUAGUGCAGAACUGUAACCAGUUUCUCUAUCCACCGGGAACUCCACCAGAAAUCCCAGGCGUCUUGGUGGGGGGGGGCAUCCAGAACAACAACAGAUACAAAGUCAUCUGCCAGACUUAUAACGGUGUGCAGAGAUUUCUGACAGUCUACGACACUGAGAACAAGAUUCCAGUGUUUUCUGCUUACGAGUACAGAGGGUCAGCAGGAGGAAGACCCGAUCCCACCUGGAUGAUAGAGCCACAGCUUGACGUGCAGCCUGCCCAGGAUAACAUCAACAUGAGGACCCAAGGCCGCACCACCUGCAACAACCAGGCCGUGAAUGCUGAUUACGAUGGAAAUGGUCGGGGGUAUGCCAAGGGCCAUUUAUUUCCAGUCAAUCACGCAACAACCGACGAUGACAAAAUUUCGACCUUCACCCUGACCAACGCCGUUCCACAGGUGGACGGGUUUAACGGGGGAAGAUGGAGGGUAAUGGAGGGUAAAAUCAAAGAUGAAAUGGACCAAAACAUCUUCAGCAACAACAUCGGAAUUAGAUGCUUUGUGGUAGUUGGAGCACAACCCAGUGACAACAACAUACCCAACAACAAUCUCAAUAACAGGGUUAAUAUCCCCUCCUUGAUGUGGUCAGCUUUCCGCUGCACCAAUGGAGUGUCAGGUGCUUACUGGGAUGAAAAUAUUAAACGUGACCCUCCUCGUCCUAUGGAGAAAAAGACUCUGCAACAACUCCAAGAUGAACUGGGGAAAACUCUACAGGGGUUCACUCUGUUUCCCCAAAAUCAACCGGCUCUGAAGCGUUCCAGCAGCAACUCCCAACAAUCCCAAGCUGGGCCCUCUAAGCAGCCUCGCAAGAGCAGGUCUCUGCCCAGCUCUGCGGGGAAAUCCUAACACUGUUCCUGACAAAGUCAUCAAAAGCUGCCCAAAUCCAAUAAGCAGCUCUGCUCCUCCCUCUGUAACAUGUAGUCCUGCAGCAUCUACAUAUAGUCCACAUCUGCCUCUGGCUUUAGCACAUCUGUGAGCACAGAUGUUUCUUUGGGUUUCUCCCUGUGUGAGGAAACCUUUGUGAAAAAUUGCUAGAAUCAAAAGAUCAAUCUGUGAUUCUACAGCUCUGCUUGAGAUUGAAUGAAACUUUGAAAAUCAGCAGCUAACAUGCACGUCUACAUGAAAUAAACUAAUCAAGAUAACGCAUCGCUUGAAUUAAAGAAUGAUUCAGUACAGACUGAAACUCCUGAAAAUUGUUCUGUCACAAGUUGUUGAAGCUUCAGGCUGAGCUGUUUGUUCAUAUUUGACUGUACUAUACUUUUUGUGUCAUUUCAUUUGUUCCAAUGAUCGGACAGCGGCUGAGGAAAAGUGUCCUUUACAUGGCUUCAGAUGGAAGACACCAGGUCAAUGUGCAUGAUUUGUAACAUGUGGAUGAAAUAAAGAGCACAAGAGCCUGACUGGAAA